CUUCGCUGCACCAAACAAGAAGAUGAGGAUAGCUGUAGAAGGGUGUAUGCACGGAGACUUGGAUAAUGUUUAUGCCACCUUAUUGCAUUUGCAAGAAGUUCAAAAUAUAAAAAUUGAUCUCCUUUUAUGCUGCGGUGACUUUCAGGCUGUUAGGAAUGAGAAGGAUCUGGAAAGCUUAAAUGUGCCACCUAAAUUCCGGAGCAUGAACUCUUUCUGGAAGUAUUACUCAGGAGAGAAAGUAGCACCGUUUCCAACUAUAUUUAUUGGAGGAAACCACGAAGCAUCCAAUUACCUUUGGGAACUGUACUAUGGAGGAUGGGCAGCACCUCAGAUAUACUUCCUUGGAUUUGCUGGAGUAAUCAAGUUUGGCAACAUUCGUAUUGGUGGCCUUUCUGGAAUUUAUAAAUCACACCAUUACAAUAUGGGGCACUAUGAGAAGCUACCUUAUAGUGAACAGGAUAUUCGAUCGAUAUAUCAUGUUCGCGAGUAUGAUGUCCACAAGCUCUUGCAAAUUGAGGAACCAAUUGAUAUCUUUCUUUCACAUGACUGGCCUGUUGGCAUCACCGCCGGUGGGGACUUGAAAGCUCUUCUUCGUCAAAAACCUUUCUUUGAGCAAGAGAUUCAGGAAGGAACUCUGGGAAGCAAACCUGCUGCAGAAUUACUGGGAAAAUUGAGGCCUCCUUACUGGUUUUCUGCACAUCUGCACUGCAAAUUUGCUGCUUUAGUUCAGCAUGAGAAGGAUGGUCUUUCCACUAAGUUUCUUGCUCUUGAUAAGUGCCUCCCUGGUAGAAGCUUUUUGCAGGUUAUUGAAAUUGAAUCCGGACCAGGACCAUAUGAACUUCAACUUGAUGAAGAAUGGUUGGCUAUCACAAGAAAGUAUAAUGCUGUCUUGCCCUUGACAAUCAGGAAUGCGAACUAUAAUAAUGUACAUCUCGGCAUAGAACAGUGCCGCCAGUUUGUAAGAAAUAAGCUGCAGACAAGAGGAUCCAAGCCGUUUGAAUUUGUUCAGACUGCACCAUGCUACAAACCUUCUCAACCUGUAGCUGACGGUGUCUUCCAUGGUUUCUAUAAAAACCCUCAGACAGAAGCUCUUCUACAGUUUCUGGAACUUGAGUAUCUUCUCAAUAAAAUGCCAGAAUCAAGGAAGCUUGCUGCAAGUCAAGCCCCAUUAAUUUCAGGAUGUUCCUUCGAUUACCUCGGUGAAGAUAUACCCAUAGAUGAUAUAGAUGAUACAGAGGAUUUCAAAGAGGUUGACCUGGAAUAUGCUCAAGAAAGAUGAAUCUUAAGCUCAGAUCUUGUUGCAGGGAUUGAUUGGCUUUAAGGAUCGUUGAUUGUGCC